GCAUGUUCGUCGAUUUGUUUUUUUCUUUUGGAUGAAGGCCCAAUCGGAUGCCGACCUCAAUCUCUGGUCGGGCGGGCUUCAGCUGCAGGCCACGAAAAAGAGAGGCUGUCUGCUCACGACGAUACCUACUUUACUGGGUUUCGACUUUACACGGAUGGCAACAUGUCCGCAGCUGAAGCAGAAACGUUUUAGAGAACUUGGGAUAUCGCGAGAUUAUUCCCAGGCAUUUGGAUAUCUCCCAAAACUUUUUGUACUUCCAAUCGUCACUCCCACCACAGCGCUCUCACGAACUCGGGGAUGCAGCCUGAGACAUGCUGAAAGCCACGCGAUAGCGCCAUCAAAUCCGCCUUGAGCUGCGCCACUUCGCCCUGCUCAUUCAUCUGCCACGUCUUUCCUCUUUCAAUUCAAUCAUAUCGAACGUUGCAUCUUCGCCGACAACGAUAUGGAUAUUGCUUCAUCUGCUGCUAACGUUGUCGGUCUUGUCUUCAAUUUCGCAAAGGCGGCCAAAACGUGCAAGGCAGUUCGUGGCCGUUACAAAGAUGCCGCCUUUACGAUUGAUAGCAUUAGGCAUCAGUCGGAGACGCUGCAAGCCGCUCUGCACCAACUUGCGAAUCUGAUGCUCCACGAUGCCUCUGCACUCACCUCACAAUGGGAUAACAAUAAGUCUCUGUCCAAGACUUUCGCAGCCACGAUCAAUGGCUUGGAGCAAACAAACGCAAAACUCCAAGCUGACCUCGAGAGGCUUCACCUUGGGAAGGAGAAGCUAGGACCAACAGAUAAGGCUAAGGUUGUAUGGAACGAGGAUGUGAUGCGAGAGCAUCAAAGCCGGCUUCAGAGCCAAGUAGGAUCCUUGCAGUUUCUGCUCCAAGUACUCCAAGUAGGAGCCGUGUCCGAAGUCAAGAAGGAUAUCAGAAGUUUGGAGGCCGCCCUCAUCCAAGCUUCUGUCUCUCCGGCCGGGAACCAGUGCGAUCCGGCUGGAUAUGCGCCAACGCGCCAACAUCUCAUAUUAGAUGACCAAGAAGACCUUUUAGGCCUGGAGUUGUCAGAGGAGACGGCAGGAAAAUCUUUCGCUCUUCGAAAACAUCAAUCCGUCCAUUUAGAGUUGCUUGAAAAAGAAUUUUCUACCGACUGCGAUGCUACGACGAGCGCCUGCCUCAUCUCAGAUUCUACUUUAGCACCUUCGUUACACGUCGACGAGAUUGGAAGCGUGGAAGACCCGCUCAAGGACGCCGAAUCCGUCGAAUCCUCGCCUGUCUCGCAGCAGCUGCAGCCGGGUGAUGGAGAUAGUUUUGAUAAGGGUAUCAAUUCGACACCCGCCACCAAGCCUCCUCCAGCGAUAGAAGUGGCCGAUGAUCCCAAAUUGGACCCCGAUACAGACAUCCCAGAGUUGAUUAGGGAAGUUAUCAGAGGAGAUCUUGAGAAGAUCUCAAAUUAUCUGGAUGCCGGCCAUGAUGUCGAUUCUCGCCAUCCGAAAAACGACAGAACUGGAGCGAUGUUUGCAGCAUUUCUGAAUCAUUCCAAGGUUUUAUCGCUGCUAUUGAAAAGAGGUGCGAAUGCUGCUGCCAUAGACUGCGAUGGAAGAACGGCUCUACACUUUGCAGCGUCAGAAGGGUCCUGUAAGUACAUUUCAGGAGACCCUGUUUCUCAAAUGUCGUGUCUUGCGACUCCUUUUCCCGUAGGUUGUUAGUUGCGAGACCUACCCGAAGAAUUUAAUACACGAGCAGAAAAGAGGCAGAUGAGUUGCACCCCCAUUGGCCCACCUGCAUUAGAAGGAAUCAAUGUGCCAGACUGCUCCUCACGUCAAGGGCCCCCGUAAC